AUGUUUGCCCGAACAAUUAUUUCCAAGGCAGCCCGGCCAACCGCCUUCUCGGCGAUCCGCCCCAUCGUCCGCCCCUCCUUCGCUCCCGCGACUCCCUCGCCCUUCCUCCUCUCGCUCGCCGCCCAGCGCCGCCUCCUCUCCGAUGGCGUCCGCCAAGCCAUCGACAAGGCCGUCGGGUCGGCCCCAGUAGUGCUGUUUAUGAAGGGCACCCCCGAGACGCCCCAGUGCGGCUUCUCGCGCGCGAGCAUCCAAGUGCUCGGCCUGCAGGGCGUCAACCCGGAGAAGUUUGCAGCAUACAAUGUGUUGGAGGACCAAGACUUGAGGGAGGGCAUCAAGGAGUACUCGGACUGGCCGACCAUCCCGCAGCUGUACAUCGACAAGGAGUUCGUCGGCGGCUGCGACAUCAUCGUGUCCAUGCACCAAAACGGGGAGCUGGCCAAGGUUCUGGAGGAGAAGGGGGUAUUGGUCAAGGAGGGGGAUGCGGCCGAGGGGGAGAAGAAGCAGGAGUAA